AAAUCAAGUCAAUCAACAGAACAUUAUUUAUGAACCAAGAAGUUAUGAACAAUAUAUCAAUAUAAACAAAUCUUAACAAAUUUUAUGAUCUUGUAUUGUUAAAAAAUUUUAAAUCGAAUAUUUGGGUUCAUUCAUUUACAACAAGAUACAAUUUAUCCAUUCAAACAUUAAACAUCUCUUAAAAAUAAUGUAUGACGAUGAUGCAUUAAUUGAUUUGGUGCAUAAAUAUAGUUUUCUUUAUGAUAAAACCCAUAAAUGGUACAAGAACAAGAAUGAGAGGGACAAAGGGUGGACUAAAAUAGGCGAUAUUUUGAACAUGACUUCUGAAGAAUGUGAGCAACGCUGGAUCAUACUUAGGAAUAGAUUUUGUACUGAAAUGCGAAAAGAGAAAAAUAGUCCAACAGGUUGUACCUGGAGACCAUGGUCUUUGUAUGAAGAUCUCAGUUGGUUGAAACCUCAUGUUAUUCCUAGAAAUCCUAGAAAGAAGAUCCUGCACAGUGAUGUCAGAUUGAUUGAUUUGGUGCAUCAACAUAGUUUUCUAUAUGAUAAAACUCACGAAUGGUACAAAAAUAAUGAUGAAAGAGAGAAGGGGUGGAUUGCAAUAGCAGAUAUCUUAAAGAUAAGUGCUGAAGUGUGUGAGCAACGUUGGGGCUUAUUGAGAAACCGAUUUUGUACAGAACUGAGAAAAGAAAACAAUACUUCAAUAGGAAGUACUUCAAGUCUGACUUGGCCAUUGUUAGAAAAUCUCAGUUGGUUGAAGCCUCAUGUUAUCCCUAGGCGAAGUAGAGGAAGCAUUCCUGCCCCAAGGUUACCAAAAGAUUGGGAUACAUUUCCUGAGCUCGAAACCACAACAGAGAGCAUUGUUGGGGAGUUGGAAGAUGAAAAUGAUGUCAGAUAUAUCAUAGCACAGCCAGACAAUGUUUGUGAAACUUUCUAUAGCCAUUCAACAGAGGCUUCACCGGAACAGAAUAGCCAACCGAGUUGUUCGGAAUCGGCAGCAAAGAGGCCACAGCCAAAAUUGGAAAAAAUAGAGGAAGAAACCAAAAAUGUGAAGAAAUCCAAGAUGCAAGAUAAUAAGGUAUUGGGCGAGGCACUUACAGGAGCAAUAAGCCAAUUUACCGAAAUUAUUAAGCAAGAAGGAAGGCAAUCAAAAGAGCAUAGAAAUGAUCCAGAUGACCUGUUCGGAACUAUGGUGGUGCAAUAUUUGAAAGAAAUUAAGGAUGUUAAGAAAAAAAUAUUGAUUAAGUCAGAUAUAUUGAGGAUUUUUGAAAACAGUUUGUGAAUGUCUUUAUGAAUGUGGAAGCAGUUAUUGUUAACAUAAAUUUAAGAACUCUUAACUUGAAGUCACAGGCUACCGAAGUAAAUUGACUAACUCAACCAAAUAUCUGAUAGCUUCAAAAAUAAGUUCAAUAACAAUAAAAAUUUUAAAAAAGGACCCAACCCAUUACCCUGAUCAAAAAGUGUACUUGUCAAUAAUAAAUAUUUUACCUAUAAAAACAUAUGAUUAGGAAUUAUAAGGAGGGAAUUAAAAUUAAUCAAAACACUUGAGUCACUGAUCUUAGACAUGUCUGAACUCUAGCAUAAGCAUAUAAUGCUGAAGUGGAUGUGUGUUGGAUAACUGUGGUUGCUUUCACACCGAUAUGGAUCAGUUUAGUUCCGAUAAAAAUGUUGCAAUGUCAUAUAUUUUUUUUCCUAUGUGAUAAGCCUAUCAGAUUUCCUACUCAUAGGAGCCUUUAGAAAGAAUGGGUGCUGCUAUGGUAGUUGGUCAGAAAUAUAGAUUUUUCGAUAU